AAGCAGACGUAUCUCUCAUCAGCUACAUGCUUCGUGCUGCAUCGGUGGGAGCUCGGACUGUGCGCAUCCUUAGUGAUGACGCAGAUGUAUUCGUGCUGCUCGUGUACUGGUGCUGGAAGGAUGGAGUAUCAUGCCAUGUUCAGAUGGAAAAGUGGGAUGGAUCCGUGCUUGACAUCAAUGCCACUGUCACCAAGCUCGGGAUAAAAUGCAAGGAAAUAUUGGGAAUGCACGCACUCUCAGGCUGUGACACUGUGUCCUAUCCUAAUGGGAAAGGGAAAGUGUCCGCCCUGAAAGUGCUCAACCAGACCAAUAUUGCUGGACUAGACUCAGUUCUUGGAAAGGACGAUGCCACUGACAGUGACCUGAUGGCAACUGGCAAAGCCUUCUUCCUACAUUUAUAUGGCCAGAAGAAAUGCACGUCAAUGAAUGCUUCCAGGUACGAGAUUUAUCGCAAGCAAAAGAAUCCUCCAUCCGCGAAGUCCCUUCCACCAACAAACAUCAACCAGAGACUUCCUAUCCGGAGAGCACAUCUCCAAAUGAUGCUAUGAAAGGCUGCAGACAAGGCUGAC